UAUUACAAUGUAUGCGGCACACAUUGAAAUGCGAUAAUUGUCUAUCUAAUAUUUGAGUCGUAAAUCAAUUAAACACUUCAACAUGGAAUAAAAUAACUCGACAAACACUCUACGCCAGCACAUCCACUUCAUGAUUAGAACAGUAAACAAGUGUAUAGAUUUGUGCUGUGCAUUCGUUUGCAGUUUUUUAAAAGUAGCUUUUAAACAGAAAUAGUGUAAAAAUGGACGGGUUAGCACCACAAUGUGCAGCACAAAGUGUCGGGGCUGCAAAUCAACUAUUUGGAUUAUUGAUACAAACAUUGUUAGCAGCACAAUGUUCCAUUUCACCACCCGAUUUCUGGCCGGAGGAUUACGGAGAGAAGCUAUCUGCGACAGAAAAUAACGACUUAACGUAUGACUUCAUUGUGGUUGGGUCUGGAUCAUCAGGAUCCGUUGUUGCGAGCCGACUGAGUGAAAACCCAGACUGGAAAGUUUUAUUAUUAGAGGCUGGAGGCGAUCCACCAAUUGAAUCUGAGGUGCCUAGUCUUUACGAGGCAAUCCAAAAGACACAAAGUGACUGGGAAUUCUAUGCCGAAUCAGAUUCAGCAUGUUUGGCUCAACAGCAUGGUUGUUUUUGGCCACGUGGAAAGACACUAGGUGGAUCCUCAGCAACCAACGCCAUGUUUUAUGUGCGUGGAACGGAACGUGAUUAUAAUCGUUGGGCUGAAUUGGGAAAUCCAACUUGGGACUGGGAGCAUGCAUUGAAAUACAUGAAAAGAUCCGAAGCAAAUCAAAAUCCAGACUUUGUUAAAUAUCGGAAUGGGAAAUUUCACGGUGACAAAGGUCCGUUAGCCGUCGAUUUUUACGGCGAAUUACAUCCUAUGUCGAAAAUUUUGAUUGAAGCUGCUCAAGAACAUGGCAUAAAAUUCGUGGACGAUAUUAAUGCCGAUGACACUUUGGGAUAUGUAAACGCUCAGGCAACCGUGUCGAAUGGUCGUCGUCAAAGUACAGCCAAGGCAUAUUUGGUUCCGGCCAAAAACCGAUCCAAUUUACACAUUGUGAAACAUGCGCACGUCCAAAAAAUACUGAUCAAUGAGGAAAAUGUGGCGACUGGAGUAGAAUUUUUGUACAAAGACGAACAAUUGCUACGAGCAACAAAUAAAAAAGAAGUGAUUUUAUCGGCCGGUGCAGUUUCGAGUCCCCCAAUUUUGAUGUUGUCUGGCGUCGGACCGAAAGAACAUCUUGAAAAACAUAAUAUCAAAGUGAAACAGGAUGCUCCAGUAGGUAAAAAUCUAUUGGAUCACAUUUCCACAGCGAUCCACUUCCAAUUUCAUCGUUCAUCACCGACCAAAGUGUCACCGACCGAUGCUUUGGACGCCAUUUACAAUUUGGCCAUUCACAACAAAGGUCCGCUCACGAGUUUAGGAGCGUCACAACUGAUUGCCAUGCUCAACACACAAAAUGGAACCGGCGAACCGGAUAUUGAAUUCCAUGUUCAGAUGUUGGAACAAAAUUCCUGGAAACUCAAACCGCAUCUGCAAUUGAAAAAAUACGAUGAAACCAUUGAAAAGGCAAUACUCGAAGCGAAUUCAAAAGCUGACAUUGUAAUUAUAAAGACAACACUUUUGCAGCCACAAUCAACAGGUUUCAUCGAACUGAAAUCGUCUUCGCCGAAAGAUAAGCCACGUAUUGUGCCAAAAUACUUCAGCAAUGAAGAGGAUAUGAUUACAAUGUUACGUGCCGUGAAACAGCAAAUCUCUUUCGAGAAUACCGACACUUAUCGCAAACAUGAGGGCGAAUUUCUGAAGUUGCCGUUGAAAGAAUGUGAUAAAUUCGAAUUUAAGUCCGACGAUUAUUUACGCUGUUAUAUUAAGCAUUUUAGCUCAACACUUUAUCAUCCAGUUGGCACCAGCAGAAUGUCUGAUUCAGAUGGCGUUGUAGAUUCACGGCUAAAUGUUCGCGGUGUGAAACGAUUGAGACAAAUCGAUGCUGGAAUCAUGCCCGAGAUAGUGAGUGCCAAUACAAAUGCUGCCGCCAUUUACAUAGGCGAACGCGGAGCUGAUUUUAUUAAAGAAGACUAUGCCAAGAAACCAAAGACGGAGCUGUAAUUUUGAUUGCCGCACCAUUUCCCUAAAAUACUUUUUCCCGAAAGAUUUUUUUCCCGAAACUGAAUCCCGAAAAUGCCAAUUUUCGGGAAGACAAUUUCCCGAAAAAAAAUCCCGCAUACUUUUUUUCCCGAACAUAUGAUUUUCCAGAAAAUGUAAUCCCGAAAAUCAAAUCUCCGAAAAAAAAUCCCGAAAUUCAAUUUCCCGAAAUUGAAAAAUUAUACGACCAUUCCACACGAAAUCGACCAAGAAUUGGAUCGACCCUCUCCGAAUUGGCUGAAAAUUUGCUUGGAGUCUUGUUUUCGGUAGAAAAUGAGAAAACCAAAAUCUUAGGCCUGUAAGUGGCCCACAUUUUUGAGUUCACCCAGUGUAAAUUUUUCGAAAAAUUGAAAAAAUCGAAAAAAGGGUUUGUGCCAACUGAAAACUAACUAAGAAGUAGUUGACACAUUACCAAAUCAUUGGUACCGUUGGAAAGAUAAUUGAUGGGGCUACAAAAAUUGCGAAGUCACCUACCCAAUUUGACCCCAUUGGGGCCUCCAAAAAUGGAGUCAAAGUACUAAAAGUGAAAUAUCUCAAAAGAGUGGUGUUUUUUGACAUGUUUAUUUCUCGUCAAAAGAUGGUCCAUGUCGCGCCGCUUCAGAUAAGAAAUUCAAACUCCGUGUAUUGACCAUUCAAUUUUUUGUAUUUGGCCUCGGAAAGUAGAUCCUGGUCCAAAAAAAGGUUAUUUUGUCGGGGAUGUACCUAAAAUAUGCAUAAUUUGAUACUUUUAUGUAGAAAAACUGCUAUUAUUUUUGAAAAAUAAUGGGGGUCUAUGAACAAUAAUAUAUCCAUUUGCUUAUAAUUUGGUAUCAAAUCGACUUUUUCAUUGGAAAAUUCACUCAAAAUGAAGAUUUUACACAUAAAACUCUGAAUUGAGUAAAGAAUUUGGUAUAUUUUGGUUUAUUUCUUCAAAAAAUAAAAGUUAUUGAUGUUGGAACGCA